CGCCGGCUCGCUUCGGGACGAUAACAAUGGCCGUGCCGGGAGAGUCGUGCGGCGAGCGCACUCGGCGUCGUCGCACUCCGGACGCUCGACGAUGACGACGACGACGAUGACGUACGAUCGCGUCGUGUCACCGUCGUCGACGGCCGACUCGCCUGAGCACGGGCGAACCGCACCGAUUCGGUGAAUCUCGACGGCCGGUUUCGCCACGAGGCACUGCACUCGAGUUCCGAACAGCGAGACUCUCGGCGCGCAACGUCCUCGAUAAUGUCCGCUGACGUUCACCCGCGAGAUCCCGACGACUCUCCUCCGCGGAGUCGUGGAAUCGCGCGCGAUAACGGAUGAAGGGGGAAUUAUCAAGGCGUCGAUUGUAUCGAGCGUUAGCUGACUGUUAAUUGUUUAUUUAUGAUGGACUUGGCGGAAACUAUGAAGAACAUUGUUGCCAAAGGUAUGCAAACAGAAAUGGGUCCACCAGGAGGAGGGUCAAGCUACUCUGCUGCACCAAGCAGUGCCGGCUACGUCACAGAGAAAAUAUACAUGUUAUUACAAGCAUAUUUACAAAAUAAGGGAUGGAAUCCUAGUAUCGAGUUUCUGCAAUGUUUUUCGGAAUUUAAAGAUGCCAGCAUGAUGCCGAGCACUGCUUACUUACAGAUGAUGGCAUCUCGAGUAGCAUUGGAUUCGCAGGGAAGACUAGUCCUCAGAGAGAAUGGAAAGAUAAUACUUCCAUAUGAACACUUUGCUAAUGCUGUUAUGUUGAAACAUAUGAAUGGGCCACAUGGUUUACAUUUGGGUUUGGAGGGUACAGUUAGAGCAGUCAUGGAGUCCUAUACUAUUGGAAGAGAAUGUUUUGGAAUGGAAAAGGAAUUUAUCAUAGAAGUCGUGCAAAACUGUCCCAAUCCCGCUUGUCGUUAUUAUAAAAAUCAACUGGAACUCACUCAAAAAAUGGGUCACAUGGCACCAACUUAUAUCCAGGAAAAUGAAGCAACUGCAUCUCUUUUGCGUAGUGGUUUUCCACAUAGUACAGAUUUUCAGGCAACAUUAGGUAGUGCUAAUCCGAAUACACAUAUGGGAGGAGGAUCUGCAGCAGAUUUAGCAGAAAUAAGAGGUGCUGGCAAUCAAAUGAAUCUUCAACGUCCUCCAAGCCGUCCAUCAUUAAAUAUUCCGCAUCGGCCUGUAUCGCAAGAGAAAAAAGUGCCAUCUGGCAAACAGCAUUAUGAAUCUCUAAUACCCAAUAUACCAAUCUCUGAUCAUAAAUUGACAGAUUUCUUACGCAAUAAUUUGGAUAACUUGGACAGUCUCACUGGACUUGGUUUAGGAAACUUACAAGGAAUAGGAGGUGCCAAUAAAGAUCUGUUGGCAUUGCACAAUGGUGCAUGGCCUUUAGAAAAUGAAAAAGGAUCUCGAUCAUCGUCUGCAAAUUCGGAAGGUGGUCAAGAGAAAAUUGUGCGUGCUUUUGCAGAGGUGAUGAAGAACAUGGCAAGAAUGAAGGCCUGUGUACGGCCAGCGAUGUGUAAACCAUACGGCAAGCAAUCUGAAGCUCUGCAGAAAACAUUGGUUGAUACAAUACAGCUUGUACAAUCGUUGAGAAGCUUUUUGCCACCUCCACAUAUACCAGUUUCGAGCUGGAAGAAUGAAGAUAAACACCGAUUAGAUCAUACUGGUACUCCUUACUUGUCAUCAUUAAAAGCUGGUGGAAUGGAAGAAUUAUGCGAGCAGCGUAAGUUAGAUUAAGCAUCGUCUUCGCUUCACUCGCGACAGACCAAGUUUCGUCUUUUUGCGCUCUAUGAUGUUCUAGUCACAAGAUGUUUAUUGAUUAGCUGGGUGUUUCGUAUCUAAACAACCCGAUGGAUUGCUCAAAAAAGUUGUUGGCGUUUAGGACUUCAAAUACUAAGAGACAAAAUGAGUCAUGCGUGGACUGUGAUAAACGUGAGUAGCGAGAAAAAAAAAGAUUUAUAUGUAGGACUAAACUCACACCGCGUCAUUUUAGGGAUUCUUACUAGCUUUAUUUCAUCGCUGUAAUUUGACUUUGUAUUGUAAUUGCUCUGCCUAUGGGGCUUAUUCGGUAAAUAAUAUAUCAAUUAAUCCCGCGUUAUAUAUGCCGAAUAUCAUGAUUGAUGCUAUGACGCAAAUAACGCAGUAUGAACAGCAUUUAUAUUUUACUGUAUCAAUUUAACAAUUUUGCCGCUUGUGUUCCAACGAUUACCUGAUUAAUAAUAUAUCGCAUAAGACUUUUUUAUAUACUAUGUAUAAAAUUGUUAUAUAAGCUUAAGUCUCGGAAUAAGAAGCAAAAACUAAAUUGGCCUGGUACAAAAGCUUUUACUAUUAAUUGAUAUUUAACGUUCGCAGCAUAGAUGCAUAAGAGAACGACAAUGUUCUUAAUUACCAAGUUUCACGUUAUUUUUUUUUAAUAUGUUUUUAACUGUUUGUUUUAUAAGAUAUAUAUUCUUUACAGUAGCUUUCAAUUAAUAUUAAGGCGGAGUAUGUUAUUCAAUUAGUGAAAAAAUUACUGUGUGUUCAAUUUGUGUAUAUAUUUUCUCCAAAAAGGUAUGAAUGUGUUAUUAUUUAUUUUUAAGGAUAAAAUGAAUAUAUAUAUAUUGUUGUUAUUUCUAAAACUGUUCGCUAAUCGAGCACGCGAGUACGAAUGUUAAAAGCUGUGCACUAUUUCUUAAGCUCCAUGGGCAGUAUAUGCGGUGUGCACGUAAAAAGUCAUUGGUCAAUUCAUAGAUAUUUUUUAAGAAACAGAUUAUUUCUUAAUAUAUAUAUAUAAAUAUCUAUAUAUACAUAUAUAUAUAUAGUAAAAGAAAAGAAACGAAAAUCGUUGCGUCAUUAGGAAAUUUUGAAAGGAUUUUGCAUUGAUGCUCAAAGACUUUUCACCGUGCACUAAGUAUUAUCAUGCAGAAACGUUUUUACUCUUGCGAGAUAAAACCUACGAAUUGGAGGACUGCGUUUGUGAUUUCGAUCGAUCGCUGCCUCGAGAAUAAAUGGCAUAUCGUAACACUUGCAGGAAUAAAAUCGUUUUCCACUCGGUUGUUAUACGCGCAUAUAAACGAUACGAGAUAAAAUGUUUCCUUCUUUCUCGAUAAUGUAAAGUAAUAGACAUUCGUCUUUGAAUGUGUAAGAAGCGAUGUAUACCGCGAAUGGAAAAUAGCGCGCGGCACUCGAAUGCGUGGGCUGUGUUUUGUGGGGGCUGUAUGUGUAUAUCUGAGAGAGAAUGCAGAGUUUUGGCUAUCAAAUAGCAAAAUUUUAUAUGAAUGCGCGUAUGUUGAAGAUGUCUUUCUAUAUACAUGUAUCUGUUAUAUUUACUACACACGUAUGCAGCGAAUGUGCCGAUCAAUUACCAUUUUAGGAGUCGGAUCCAUGAUGCAAAGUAUUAAUAUUUGUUUGUUUUGUUAUUUUUGUUUUCUCAUCAGAUUAUUAAUCAUUCAUAUUAUAUUUAUAAACAUUCAUAUUAUAUUUUCUCUCUUUCAUUCUGUGCAGUUAUCUGUGUAGUUAGAAAUGGGAUGCAUGCAGAUAUACGAUUAACAAGUCUGAAAAAUAAUUUUCUCAAUAGAAGUAUUCUUUAUUUAUUUUUCACAGGGAGUGAUUGUUUAAACGAACGCAGAUCCGGCUUCUAUAGACUGCGUUUUUGUUGACAUGCAUAUACGUAUAUAUUGACAAAGAGGCUGCUGCAAUAUGGUUCAUAAUUCGACGAUAACUUGUUGUACACCAAAGUGUAUUUCCAAUAACUAGAUAGACUUAUUUCUUAUAGUAGUUAUUUAUUACAUAAAAAAAAAGAAAUGCAAACGUAUUAUCGUUUGUCUUGCAAUUGGUCGGUCGUAUAACCAAUGCACAAUUAAGCAUAUCCAUGACUAAGUCGCUGCAACUUAUGCCAAAUGGAGAAAAAGGAGCGCGGAAACAGAGUCUGAUAAAAAGAGUUGAUCUGACAUACAAAAUAGAAUCUCGUGAGACAUAUAUUGGGGACUGCGUUCGAGAUAAACUUAUAAUCUAUCUUCGCCUAUUAAUUAUUUGAACACAAUUAUGCAAUUGCUCAAAAUAUGUGAGGAGAAGUGUAUUUUCUCAAAGCAAAAGUUAUAAGACUGCAGUAGGUUUUUUACUCUCCAUUUUACAUUUGUUCUAGACUUUGAAUCUAAUGAUAUCGUCGCCUCGCGCGGCGUUUUAUGUUUUUAAAUUAAAUUAUCAUUUUAAAGUCUAAAAAGAUUCGUUACCCGUUUUGUAAAGAUUAACUUGAUCGUUGUAGUGUCACUGCGACUCAUUAAUUUUAUCGCUAUAGUGUCACUGUCACACACAUACAUAUACACACACACACACACACAUAUAUACAUAGAAUAAUUUUAAUAUUCUUCUUUGAGAACACGAUUUUUGUUCAUUUAAUUGUUCAUCAUUAUAAAUAAUUAGCGAGACAUACUACAAAGAUUUGAAUUUUAGAGGGAUGUUCUCGAACGGAGUCGAGCAACAAGGAAAAGGAUAAAAGAAAACGAAAUACAGAUUUUGUUUCCGGAUCUCGUUAUUCUCGUUAUUAUCUAUACCAUAGAAAACCGUGUACACCGUGUUUCCGCACCGAAUUCGACAGUAAGAUGAUAAACGAUUGUAAAAUGCGCACUGUUGUGCCGAUCCGUUGUUCCCUUUUUAAACUCGGAUCGCCAAUCAAUAUUCGUACACCAAACGCUAACCGCUGUGUCUGCACAUUAAGCUCGUCGUCGCUUGCCAGUAUUGCUCUUCUGUAUUCUCGCAUAAUUCUAACUCAUGACAGCAAUUAUUAAAGUUUUUACAAGUGUGAAAGGA